UUCUUGUUCUCAAACUUUGUUGGAAAUUUUCCUGUCUUUUGCAGAGCGUUCUACACAUAACUACUUUUUCAGGCUUUUCUUCAAAGAUCGAUGUUUGGAUGAUGACUUCAUUACGUGGUUGUGCACUUUGCUUCGAGCUGCGCCCGCCAUACAGCGUACGAAUGAUUCCUAGUAAACAUUCAUGGCGUGCCAUCAUGCUUUCGAGUUUGUUUCGACAUGGUUUUAUUACAAUCGAAAAGGCUAGACAGGUGUACGAGGAGGUCAAAAAGGAUGCAAGGACGAGACUUUUUUGCUGCGACAACCAUCUGAUUGAUUUGGCUGCAUUACUUGAAACCGAAGUUGAGCAACUUGGCGGUGAAUUUUCUAUUGUUCUCAAUGUGCUUUCACCCGAUGUGCUCAGCAAAUUUAUCAGUGUACUUCAGUCUUCAGUCACUCUACUGGAUGAAGAAAUGCAGUUGGAAGCGGAUGAUGCCAUGAGUUUCUAUUAUGAUUGUUUACGUAGAUUUGAAUCCAAAGUAUAUCAACGAUUGAGGAAGUGGAAAAGAAAAAGUGUCCAGGACAAUGGCACUAUCGAACCACUCCUGAAGAGAUCAAAUUUAUUACCUUCUUCCUCAGAAGUUGCUCCCAUCAGUCCGAAAAACUUCAACUGUCCGUUAUGCGGCGAGCUACGUGCAGAUUCGGAAAUGAGAGACUCAUGGAAAAACCGAAAGCAGAAUCCUAUUUUAUUAUCUUGUCUACUAACCAAUAAUUCUGUCGGCAUCAAAUUAGCGCAAAAUGUCUACCGGGAUAUCUUGCUUCAUAGAAGACGAUUCUGCAAAGAACACUAUAUUCAGGCGGCUUUGAUCAUAGGUAAUGCAAUCAAAGAGAAAACGGGAAACUUCCCUCUUCAUGGGCUAGACUGUAUUGCCAUGGGACUUUGGCAGGAUUUUUUCGAAAGGGUCAAAAAUGUUGGUGCGCUGAUUGAUAAUAAGCUGGUCAUCCAAGUGAUAGAUGUGAUCAACUUUUUCUCCGAUUGCUUAGUAAUAUUUCGUGAUACAAAUCAAUGGGAGGCAUUUUUUGAGGCGAACAAAACCGGAGGGAAUUCCUCUGCAGGGACGUCAUCCCCACUUCUCUGGGCAAAUAAAGUGAAAGAUGAAUGCUUUACUGGAGCAAGCACUUCUCCCAGUCCAUCAGUAGAUGGGAUUCAUCAGCAAAAUGCAUCUAUCUGCAAGGAAGAGGAGAUGGAGACGAGCGCGAUCGAUGUACUCCUCAAUUCUUCGCACGAUCUGGCACUCGAUAAAACUUACGAGUGCGGACUUUGCAACAACUGCUCAGACCCUCGUGCAAUGUUUGACCGGGCUGAUAUGAAUCUCAUAUUCUUGAGCUGCUUGCUCAUGGACGAUUCCAUAGAUGGAGAUUCGGCAAAAGUAACACUGUCUGGGAUCACUUGUGGCAAAGAGGUGUUAGCGUGCAAGCAACAUUACGCACUAGCAGUUGAAGUAAUGAGGAGGGAGGUCGAGAGUUUGGCAAAAUCUUCCUGCAAGCCUGAUCUUUCUGAUGUGCCAGAAACGGUAUGGACAGAUCUACUGGUCAAACUGUGGACGUAUGCAGUUCAAAUUGAUGAUAGCGUAGUCGUGAAUCUUGCUGCAUUGAAGAAAUUUUAUCAUGAAUGUGUUGCAAAAUCCGAAGUGCGAUUGUAUGUAGAAGAAGAAGCCUCACAGUCUACUAGAGAGUAUGAGGUAGCGAAUUUUUCUCUAACAAAAUCUGCUCCAACGUGCUCUAAUGACCAGUUCGAUCGCGAAAAGCCCCCAAAUUUCUGUGGUGAUUUUUACAAUAAUGAAAACAGAACAGACAGACUUGAGAACUGUAUCAUGCAAGGAACUCGCCUCUCAAGAAAUCGCGGCUGCUAUCUAUGCGGUCUUGUUUGCGCUGAAGAUGAAAGCCGUUGGGGUUCGAUGAAUCCUCGGCAAAAUUUGGUGUUCAUGUCUUGUCUAAUCUCAUGCGGGAUCAUCAAAGCCGAAGUAGCUAAAGAAUUAUUCCAACGAUUAGGCUCUGGACGAAAACGACUAUGCAAACAACAUUACAUACAAGCGGCUAGCUGGAUUGGUCAGCAAGUGGAGAAGAAUUGGGGAAGAUUUCCCGAGAAUGGGCUUUUCGCUAUGCCAAGAGAAAUGCUAUCGGCUGUAAUGGAGCAAAUACAAGGAUGCGUCACCUUGCUUGGUGAGGACGAAGUACUGAAUUUUGAAGAGUUGGCGCGAUUCUAUGAUGAUUGUCUUGCAAAGUAUCGUCACAGAAGUGGGUGGAAUGAAAAAAUUUCGCAAGACAUGGAAAUCACAACACUAGAAAGAACUCAGAAAUCUGUACCAGAGGCAGCGUCAAAAUCAGCUGAAUUUGUCCCCAAGGAAAGCGUUGUAAAAGAGGCAAAGGGAGCAGAAAUACUCACGUGCUCCCUAUGCGAUAAAGCGCAGCCCUCCAAGGAGAUGAGAUCCACGUCAUUCAGUCGAGCAUCAAAUGCUUUGCUUCUUUGUUCUUUGGUUUUAAAAGGCGCAUUGGACUUGAAUGUUGCGACUAAUUUGUAUGAGCAAUUCUCGCUAAACAAGGAAAUUCUCUGCAAAAAGCACUAUCUUGAUGCAGAGUUGCGUGGAGAUGAAUCGCAGAAUCCGGAUACAUCUACUCCAGUCAUGGAAUUGCUAUCACGUCUACAGUCGAUCUCAAAUGCGCUGGAUAAGACACUGACAUUGCGGACCUACGAUCUGAAUGAAUUUGUUAGCACAUGUCGUAGAGGAGAAAAGGUUCUCGCUCAUCUUAUAAAACAGACUUUGCAAGCCUCAUCAACGCAAAACUCAUCUUCUUCAAUGCAGACUACGGCUGAAACAUUGAUUGCUCAUGCGGAAUCUCAUCAGAAUAGUAGCAGUGGCGAGAGCCAGGCGAGCGCUGGCAGCUCGGAAGAUCCGUCAGCCAUUUCGAAGCUGCAAGACUCUUCAAGUGUCUUCUGCUGUGCAUUGUGUGGGGUGUCUGUCCAAAAAAGGGACCUAUGCACCACAUCUCCAUCUUAUGCCAGUUUUUGGAGUUGUUAUGCAUUUGUGGUAUACUGUGUGCUCAAAUUCAAUGUGAUCAACGUAAAUCGAGCAAGAUUGUUUUACAAGGAUGUUUCACAAAAACGACUUCGUAUUUGUCGGAAGCAUCUACUAGAUAGUGCUAACUAUAUUAGCGAUUAUCUGAAGAGCACAUGGGAUGAUCUAUCACUUCGCGAGCACAUCGAUGUACCUCCAGAAGCGCUGAACUACCUAUGGGAGGAUAUGCAAAUACAUUUAGGAAAAAUUGGGGAGACCGCGCCCUCAAAUUACGAUGAUGUGGCAUAUUUUCUGGAGUUUUGUCUCACAUUGCUUCAUAUGGAUGAGGAAAAUAUGGAAGCCAGCGAAGAGAAGGAUGAAAUAAUUGAUGAAGACGCCAUUGACGCUGAUGAACCUUCCGACCAAGUAUCUGCCGAAGAUCUCCUUAACAACUCAAAUCUCGAAAAUGGGGUACAAAAGCGCUUGAUGACAAAGACUCUCUGCACGAUAUGUGGCAACCGAUGCUUUCUUCAUGAAAUGCGGCGUUCAUCUCGAAAACUCAGUCAUGUGGUUGUUUUGCUCUCGUGCAUUUAUGCACAAGAUGUGGAUCUCUAUCUCACUAGAAGGAAGCGUUAUGCACAGCAAGGACUUGUUCCUAAAUACAUGUGUGAAGAUCACUACAUUCAGGCGGCAAAAUACAUCGGUAAAGAAGUAGAAACUGUGAAUGGUGCGUUUCCGCAGAAUGGGCUUGCUCGUACUUCCGAGCAUGUAAUGGAGAAGUUUUUAGAAAACGCUCGUAUCUUCAAAGAGAAAUGUGGUAUAGAAGUGGAAUUAACGAGAGAUAGUGUGGUUGAGUUUUUCGAUGAUUGUUUAUCAAAAUACUAUAGAAACCACGGAUGGAAGAAACCGGAGAAGUCUGUAGAGGAAGCUAACAACGUUUCCGCAGAUUUACCCGAAGGUGAUAGUGCAGUCGGUUCUGCUGUGAGAUCGUUUGAAAACGUGUCAGAGCAUGCUGAAGAAAUCAGUGCUGCAGAUCUUUUGGGACAGUCUUCGCAGAAUGAUGAGGAAUGGGAGUGUGCAAAAGCCUCAUGCUCUCGUACGGAUCCACUCCAGGAAUCUUUCCAAGAAUCAGAACAAGUGGACGACAUUUUGGAAACAAACGGCAACGUAGCCACAACAAGUUCCGGAUUAGCAGAGGAGGAGCGAUUGAAGCGAAUUAUGUUUUGUGCCGCCUUGCUCCAAAGGAACAGCAAAGGAUCUUUUUUGAAUCGAUUGGUCAUCUUUGAAGAAAGAUGGCUUGUACAUGACAGCAGCAAACGAACAGCUGUUUGUGUGGAUAAAAAAGACCUGCCAAAUUUUGAGGACGUAAACCUACAAAAGAGAAGGUCUAGUAAUGACUUCUGA